AUGGCAAAGACUGUUUGCAUUGUUGGUGCCGGUCCUUCGGGACUCGUUGCAGCCAAGACGCUGCUUCAUAACACUGCUCCCGGGGAAUUCAAGGUUACUGUUUUUGAUGCUCAGAAACAUGUUGGGGGUCUCUGGCCGACUUCAAAGGAUGACACGGAACGACAGGUUCAUCCACUCAUGUGGGCGAACCAGAGCAGACACACGGUGCAGUUUUCAGAGCUGGCCUGGGACGAUGCGACGCCUCAGUUUCCCCAGGCGUGGAUGAUUGGGAAUUAUCUUGAGAAGUAUCUUGAUCGUUUCCUCACUGGUAACCCGGAUUUUGAGCUUAAGCUUGGGACAAAGGUGGAGCGAGCUGAGCGUCCGGAGGGCUCAUCCGAAGGCUGGUAUAUCACCACCGGAACCGAGACGAAGCACUUUGACCAUCUUCUUGUGGCAUCUGGAUUCUUUGGAAAGCCUAUUAUUCCCGAUUGUCUUGCUAAGGAGUCUACCAUCCCCAUUAUUCACAGUAGCAGUUAUCGAGACCUGGAGAGCCUCCUGGGCAAGGGACGUCCUGGUGGGGGCAAGAUUCUUAUUGUCGGAGGUCAAAUGUCUGGCGUCGAGAUUGCAGGCACAAUUGCAUCUCAUCUCUCAUCAGAGAUCAACUCGCCAGAUGCGUCAAAAAUUGCGGAUAUUGACAAGUACGAGGUUCAUAAUGUCAUCCAACGCCCAACCUGGGUGUUCCCUCUCUUUUCCAGCCCCAAGUCAACAAAGCUAGCUGCUCCCUUCCUACCCUUCGACUUUGGCUCUUACAACAUCAAUAACCGCCCUAAGCCAUUGGUCAACAUGCAGGGGCACAUUACCGAGGAGAGAGCCAAGAUGCUGAAUGGCCUUUACAAGAAUGUCAUUGGCACUGACCAGUCCGAGUUUUCUCCCCUGCUCAAGAUAGACGAGACGAACGAUACGGAGCAGCCUUACAUGGCCUGCAGUUUCUGGUACUCCGACUUUGUCCGAUCAGGAAUGAUCAAGUUGACAAAGGGCAAAGUGGAGGACCUCGAGGGUUCUACAGCCACUCUAUCCGAUAGAACCAAGAUUGAAGACAUUGCUGCGGUGGUCGUGGCUACGGGCUUUGACCCUUCGCCCUGUUUGAGUUUCCUUCCAGACGAUGUGCUGAAGACCCUUAAGCACUCGCCCACACAUAUCGACCAACCUGUCGCUUUGGCCUUUCACGGUACUCAUCACCCCGAGGUCCCAAACCUAGGCUUUGUCGGCUUCUAUCGAUCACCUUACUGGGGCGUCAUGCAGAUGCAGGCUCGAUUUGUGUCGGCACUAUGGUCGGACAAUGUCACUCCAGGCCGUUCUUCCCGAAUUUUCCAGGACAAGCUCCGUGAUGACAUCUCUAUCCAACGAACGCUUGACCUUCGGGACGAUCCUCGCACGUCACAGUUCCCUAUGGGAGAUUACCUUUACCUCAUGGACGAGUUUGCCGAGGCUCUUUCAAUGAAGAUUCAAGAACCCCUGACGCCGCCCGUCCCUAGUCUUCCACAUAACGACAAGCCACUGGACAUGCUGACUCCAGCGAGGUUCUCGAACUCUAAUGACGACCAGGAGUCGAAAGAUGCCGCAAUGGAGUCUCUAAAGCAGACUCACAAGACAGCGACUGAUGGACUCUCAUCCCCAAGGUUCGUGGCUCACGCCGUGUUCCGAAGCUUGUUGGGAACAUGGAAACUUGAGCGCGACCUGAUCAGCAAGCUUCCUACGCACCCCAGUGGCCACUUUAGCGGAACUGCACAAUUUCUGCUCCGCGAGAAGACCAGCGAUGGUCUCCGAUGCGCUGCCAAUCCCACAGAUGGAUCUCCGGAAGUGGAUGAGCUCGGUAUGGAAUACCUCUACAUCGAGGAGGGCGAGUUCAAGACAGAGCAGGGCUUCGGCUUCAAGGCGACGCGGCGAUAUGUCUGGCGAUAUGACGAGCUCAAGGAUGUCCUGAGCGUGUGGUUCGCCAAGCCUGAUGACUUGAAGCGAGCUGAUUACCUCUUCCACGAGAUCGAGUUUACCGAAGCGACUGAAAAGGGAUGGGCGGCCAAGGCGGGACACUUGUGUAUCGACGACUACUACAAUGUCAAGUACAACUUUGCGUUCCAAGCAGUGAACCUGAAGGAAUGGGGGAUCGAGUACACGGUCAAGGGGCCAAAGAAAGAUUACACAAUCAGUGGUACUUAUAGACGGUAG